AUGGAUCCAUUUAGUCAAGCUGGUAGUUUUCAAAACCUCUUAAACAGUCAACAACCAAACACCUCUUUCUCCUUUAUCACUCCUAGUAUAGAACUCUCUUCAUCGGAUGCAAACGAAGAACACGUCGUCUCUGACCGUAAAGAAAGGAGGAAGUGGUCACCAACUGAAGAUCUCGUUCUCAUCAGUGCUUGGUUGAACACCUCAAAGGAUCCCGUGGUGGGGAAUGAGCAGAAGGCAAUCGCGUUUUGGAAACGGAUUGCAUCCUACGUUGCAUCAAGCCCAAAGCUUUCUGCUUUGCAAAAGAGGGAGCCAACUAACUGUAAACAAAGGUGGGGGAAGAUCAACGAGGGUGUAUGUAAGUUUGUUGGGUGUUAUGAAGCUGCAACUAAAGCUAAAUCCAGUGGGAUGGGUGAGGAUGAUGUUUUGAAGAUGGCGCAUGAGAUAUUCUUCAAUGACUACAAGCUCAAAUUUACACUCGAGCAUGCCUGGUUGGAGCUUCGCCAUGAUCAAAAAUGGUGUGGCGCUUCUUCAACCAAAGACAAGGUAAGCUCCAAAAGAAGAAAGCUGGAUGACCAGACUGCACAAUCAUCGACCUCUGUGCAAGGUUGCCUUGGAGAAGAUCAAGCUAUGGCUCGGCCGAUUGGUGUAAAAGCAGCUAAGGCCAAAGGAAAAAGCAAGGGAAAGACUUCGGAAGAGGCAGUGGAGCUUCAGAGCAUGUGGGAGAUAAGGCAAAAUGACUUUAUCUUGAAGGAGAAGCUUAACAAGCAAAAAUUGCUUGAUAGCUUAAUUGCCAAGUCAGAGCCUCUAAGUGAGCUUGAAAUCUCUUUGAAGAAUAAACUAAUAACUGAGAUGUUGACAAGUUAG